UAAUUCAUCGGUCUCGUGUUUUCUUUCUAUAAAAACAACAUUUCUGUUUAGUAGGUUGUAGGUGAACUAAAUCUUCUCUAUCUCUCAAAUAUUAACGGCAAUGGCGACGAAUGCAAACCCUAGUACGAGGCCGACGGUGAACCUGCAGGACCCGCAGGAGGUUCAGAAGGUGUUCGAGCGGUUCGACUCCAACGGCGACGGCAAGAUCUCGGCGGAGGAGCUCGCCGGCGUCAUGAAGGCCCUGGGAUCCGACAUCUCGCCUGAGGAACUGGGGAGGAUUAUGGAGGGAAUAGACACCGACAAGGACGGAUUCAUCAACCUCCAGGAGUUCGCCGGCUUCUGCAAGGGCGACGGCGAUGGCGGCAUGAACGAGCUCCGCGAGGCGUUCGACCUCUACGACGAGGAUAGGAACGGCUUAAUCUCCGCCGCGGAGCUGCACAAGAUCCUCACCCGCCUCGGCGAGCACUGCACCAUGGACGCCUGCGUCGGGAUGAUCAAAUCGGUGGAUUCCGACGGCGACGGCAGCGUGAGCUUCGAGGAGUUUAAAAAGAUGAUGACGAACAAGCAGUAGCCGUCCAUCAUCCAGACUAGACGCGUAAUACGCUGCCACGCACAUGAUUUUGGUGUGCGUGGAUGUAGGGUAUCAUGUUGCAUUGUCGCCGCAAUAAUAAUAGUAUUAAUUGCUAUAAAUAGGAAGUACUUUGAUAUUUUAUUUAUAAAAUAUCACUGUUUUUUCAUAGUUAUAAAUACUAUCUCUGUCACAACAUUUACUUGUCAUAUUUAGCUGAAACGCAAAGAAUCAGUAUUGCCUCCAGAGCCACAUUGUGUCACUAGAUCACAAGGUCAUUGACAUA